CACUCCUUGGCAGCAAAUUUCACUGCCGAACAGCUCUUACUGUCCGGAAGUUCUUUCUAAUGUUUUGGUGGAAUCUUCUUUCUUGUAGCUUGAAUCCAUUGCUCCGUGUCCGCUUCUCUGGAGCAGCAGAAAACAACCUUCCACCCUCUUCUAUAUAAUAAUAAUAAUAAUAAUAAUAAUAAUAAUAAUAAUAAUAAAUUUUAUUUAUACCCCGCCCUCCCCAGUCAAAACUGGGUUCAGGGCGGCUAACACCAAUAAAAUCACAAUAAAACUUAAAAAGCAAUUAAUUAAAAUACAGAUUAAAAUACAAUAUUAAAAUUUAAAAUGCAGCCUCAUUUUAAGUAGUCCAUAAAUCCAGCCAUGAGGGAGGAAAGCACAGAGGUCAGACUAAGUCCGACCCAAAGGCCAGGCAGAACAGCUCUGUCUUGCAGGCCCUGCGGAAAGAUGACAAAUCCCGCAGGGCCCUGGUCUCCUGUGAAAAAGCAUUCCACCAAGUUGGGGCCAAUACUGAAAAGGCCCUGGCCCUAGUAGAGGCCAAUCUAGCCACCUUAUGGCUCAGGAUCUAAAAAAUAUUGUUGUUUGUGGGCCUUAAGGUCCUCCGCGGGACAUAUCAGGAGAGGCAGUCCCAUAGGUACGGUAUAGGACAUCCUUUUAUAUAUUUGAACAUGGCUAUCAUAUCACCCCUUAACCUUCUCUUCUCCAGGCUAAACAUACCCAGCUCCUUAAGCCGUUCCUCAUAAGGCAUCGUUUCCAGGCCUUUGACCAUUUUGGUUGCCUUCCUCUGGACAUGUUCCAGCUUGUCAGCAUCAAUGUUGGCCCUUGUGGAAAGGUAACUGCCUAUGUAGGAGAAGUGAUCAAUGUUUUCCAACGUUACACCACUGAGUUGGAUUUGUGGUACUGCAGAGAAGUUGUUUUGUACUUGUUGGUGCAGCACUUUGAUUUUUUGGAUGUUGAGUGAUAGGCCAAGCUUUUCAUAAGGUUCUGCAAAGAUAUUUAGGAUGGUUUGGAGGUCAUCCUCUGAGCGUGCGCACAGAAGAUGUUGCCAUCAGCAUACUGAAGCUCUAGGACGGAAGUUAUGGUAACCUUACUUUUUGCUUUCAGCCUGCUCAGAUUGAAGAGCUUUCCAUCUGUUUGAUAUAUGAUUUCUACUUUGGUGGGGAGUUUCCCGUCGACAAAGUAUAGGACCAUGGCAAUGAAAAUAAUGAAUAGAGUUGGGGCAAUAACACAACCCUGUUUAACACCUGAUCCCACUGUGAAUGGUUCACUUUGAGAGCCAUUGUUAUCUGCCAUUGUUGCUAUUAUAUUAUCACGGAGGAGCCAAUUGAUGUUUACAAAUUUAUCUGGGCAGCCCAUUUUCAGAAGGACAACCCACAGGGCAUUUCGAUUUAUAGUGUCGAAAGCCUUAGUCAGGUCAAUAAACGCCCCAUACACAGGCGUUGGUUUUGCUCUCUGCCUUUUUCUUGAAGCUGUCGAGCAGUGAAAACCGUGUCCACUGUCCCCCUAGAAGGCCGAAAACCGUUUUGGGAUUCAGGAAGGUUACCCGGCGGUUUGCUAAGAUCCUUGCAAUAAUUUUGCCGGCUGCUGCUUAUAGAGAGACGCCUCAAUAGUUUCCACAAUCAGUUCUGUCACCUUUUUUUAAAAGAGAUUGAUAAUUUUGGCAUCUCUAAAGUCUGCUGGGAUUUAUUCUCUUUCCCAGAUUUUUUGAUGAGCUUGUGAAGUUGUGCAAGUUCAAUUCCGCCCACUUUGAAUAUUUCGGCAGAGAUACACUGCCGUGAGCAGUGCUCACCCCCAUUGUCUGUCAUCAGCCUAGCUGGAGCUCUAUGGAACUUGUUCUUCACCAUUGCAAGGUAUUUCUUGAACAUGUCCACUGUCUUACUCUUUUCCUUGAUGAAAUAUGCAACACGAUACUUCAAUAAAUCACCAAGAAAUAUUAGUAUGUACCUCUUCUUCCCUAGUGAGGGAACAUUCAUAGGUCCACUGUAGACUCUGUCAAGUCACUGCAGACUAUGUCAAGCACUUUGCUGCUUCUCUGCUCUGUGCAAGGAGGAAAUGAAGGUUUGACAGCUUUCUGAGUAACGCAGCUUAGGCACUUUGUUGGUGCUGUGUUGCUCUUUGUCACCUGCGGUCCCCUUGCAAGUGCUCUUUUCUGUAGAUCCUGAAUGGCGUUGGUGUCCCUGUGUCCCAGCCUUCUAUGCAACAGCUCCAGGUCCGCCCCAUCUUUCUGGUUUGAGCGUGACACCUUAGCAGACUGAUUCUCUGAAAGACCAACCUCAUAUAUGCCAUUCAUUAGAUUGGCUUGAACAUGCACCUCACCAUUCUGAGUCAAAUCACAUUUUCCAUUCCCAAAUGUUAUCUGGAACAACCUUUGCUGUGCAAACUGGACACACUAAGCAUGUUACAACUGAGUUGUGGAACAUACAAAACUGUCUCCACAGUAGUAUCCAGAGCUUCAUUGUUCACAUUAAAUUUUAAAUUCGCAGAACAUGCAUCUUUAGCUUCAACACCAUUGCCACCUGCGAUUUCAAUGUGAGAUUCUGCAAUAUCGUUAAUGUCAUUACAAUAUUUCCUUUUAUACGAGAAAUGGCUGGCAGCUCCUGAAUUUAAAAUCUACUUAUUACAUUUAUUUUCACAAGUCAAAUUCUUUUCUUAUAGUAGCAAAGUGGGUUCAGAUCUCCCCUUCUUUUCCUUACCUUGUUUAUAAGGGGUUUCUUUGCAUUUGGAGCCUUACAGUUCCUUGCAGUGUGGCCUUCUUUGUUACAAUUAAAGCCCACAAUUUUUCUGGGUGUGUCUCUGGCCUUUGCAAUCUGUUUGCAAUCUGUUUAGAAGCAUAAUUAGUGUCUCCAUAAAUUUGCUCUAAAUCUUUUAAGAUUUAAGACGCAUCAUCUCCUGCAGUCAAUCAUGGAGAACUGCUCAUCAUGGAGCCCAUCUAAAAUGAUGGUUCUGGCUUUACUAUUCUUCAGCUUCUGAAUUCCUUUUUUUUAAUUGUCAUAAUUUUGACUGUGACAGCCACCUGGGGGUCUUUGGUUCUAAUAGUUCUUUAUGCUUUCCCCAAGCGAUCUCUUUAUAACAUGAUUAUUGAAUUCCUUAUUUACCUUACCAUCCCCAGCUUCCAUACUCUAAUCUUGGCUAAAUCCUCUUCACUUGAACCAGUAGUCUUAGGAUUUUCAAUGCAGUGGUACCUGGGGUUACAAACACCUCGGGUUACAAACACUUUGGGUUACAGACUCCGCUAACACGGAUAUAGUACCUCAGGUUAAGAACUUUACCUCAGGAUGAGAACAGAAAUCAUGCGGUGUCGGCAGCGGGAGGCCACAUUAGCUAAAGUGGUACCUCAGGUUAAGAACAGACCUCCGGAACGAAUUACGGUAAGCUGCUUUCCUUCUGCAUCUCCAGCUCUCUCCAUGCAAUGCAAGGCUGACAAAUGAAGGUCCAACCCAACAAAAUUCUCGUACCUGAGCACUCCUUCAGCUGAUCACAAGCACCAAGCUUUGUCACUAGACUUAUAUAUGUGUCUCCCAAAAUGGUCAAUAUGCACCUCCUGAGGCCAAAGGGACUGUGCAGGUGAUUAAUAAACAUCUGGAGGUCAAAGAGGAUGAAAUUUGGCUCAAGGGGUGGAGGAAUAUUCAGAAGAUGAAGAACGUCAUGGUGAGCUUAGGAACCUGAUCAAUAGUGGGCAGGGUCAUGGAGAAACCUCUUUAUUUAAAAAGUAAAUCCCACAGUUCAACCGUAUUCUAAGAUAAUGCUGCUUCAUUAACGAUGAUUACCGGUAAGGGUUGUGAAAGGUUGAUGAUGCGUUACCAUUAUUUGACAUUAUUUCAUUUGCAUUUCCUAAAAACUGGCAACAUAUGGAGGACAGGAGAGAAUGUAUGAGAUGUUAAAAUAAGGGCAGGUGCUAAUAUAUGUGUGUAAUAAUCCUUUGUUCUUUUCCUAGAAAACAAAUAGGAUUUUCUCUCACACACCCCCAUCGAAAGACGACAAUGGAGAAGGCAGUCAAAAUUCUGGUGGGCUAUGUUCAAUUGGAAUAACGAAAAAACCAUUUAUAUUCAUGGAGUGUGGAAAGAGAAAGGAGAAGUAUGGAGUGUGGAAAGAUCUUCACUGACAGCGGAACACUUAGAAAACUCAACAGACUCACACAGGGGAGAAACCAUUUAAAUGCAUGGAGUGUGGAAAAAGCUUUGGUUGAGAAACCAUUUCAAUGUAUGGAGUGUGGAAAGAGCUUCAGUCAGACUGGAAAGCUGAAUUUACAUCAUCGAACUCACACAGGUGAGAAACCAUAUAAAUGUAUGGAUUGUGGAAAGAGCUUCACUUAUAUUGGAACACUAAGAAAACAUCAACGGACUCACACAGGGGAGAAACCAUUUAAAUGCAUGGAAUGUGGAAAGAGCUUUAUUGAUGGUACAGCACUUAGUAUCCAUCAUCAAACUCACACAGGGGAAAAACCAUUUGGAUGUAUGGAGUGUGGGAAGGGCUUCAGUCAGAGUGGAGACCUUAGAAUUCAUCAACGGACUCACACAGCUGAGAAACCAUUUAAAUGUAUGGAGUGUGGGAUGAGCUUCACUCGUAGUGGAUCACUAAGAAGACAUCAACGGACUCACACGGGGGAGAAACCGUUUGAAUGCAUAGAGUGUGGAAAGAGCUUCAGUGAGAGUGGAAAACUUAGAAUUCAUCAACGGACUCACACAGGAGAAAAACCAUUUAAAUGCAUGGAAUGUGGAAAGAGCUUCACUCAGACUGGAGAACUUAGCAACCAUCAAAGGACGCACACAGGGGAGAAACCAUUUAAAUGCAUAGAGUGUGGAAAGUGCUUCAGUAGGAGUGGAAGCCUUAGAAGUCAUCAACGGAUUCACACGGGGGAGAAAGCAUUUGAUUGUAUUGAGUGUGGAAAGAAACCAUUUGAAUGUAUUGAGUGUGGAAAGAGCUUCACUACUAUUGGACACCUUAGAAGACAUCAAUGGGAACACACUGGGGAGAAACGAUUCGAAUGUAUGGAGUGUGGGAAGAGCUUCAGUCAGAGUGGAUAUCUUAGAAUUCAUCAACGGACUCACACGGGGGAGAAACCAUUUGAAUGUAUGGAGUGUGGGAUGAGCUUCACUCGUAGUGGAUCACUAAGAAGACAUAAACGGACUCACACGGGGGAGAAACCAUUUAAAUGCAUAGAAUGUGGAAAGAGCUUCACUGAGAGUGGACACCUUAGAAAACAUCAACGGAGUCACAAGGGGGAGAAACCAUUUAAAUGCAUUGAGUGUGGAAAGUGCUUCAGUAGCAGCAAAAGUCAUAGAAUUCAUCAACGGAUUCACAUGGGGGAGAAACCAUUUUACUGUAUUGAGUGUGGAAAGAGCUUCACUCGUAGUGGAACACUAAGAAGACAUCAACAGGAACACACUGGGGAGAAACGAAUCGAAUGUAUGGAGUGUGGGAAGAGCUUCAGUCAGAGUGGAUAUCUUAGAAUUCAUCAACGGACUCACACGGGGGAGAAACCAUUUGAAUGUUUGGAGUGUGGGAUGAGCUUCACUCGUAGUGGAUCACUAAUAAGACAUCAACGGACUCACACGGGGGAGAAACCAUUUAAAUGCAUAGAGUGUGGAAAGAGCUUCACUGAGAGUGGACAACUUAGAAAACAUCAACAGAUUCACACCGGGGAGAAACCAUUUAAAUGCAUGGAAUGUGGAAAGAGCUUCAGUCAGAGUGGAGAACUUAGAAACCAUCAACGGACUCACACGGGGGAGAAACCAUUUCAAUGCAUGGAGUGUGGAAAGUGCUUCAGUUGGAGUGGAAGCCUUAGAAAUCAUCAAUGGACUCACAUGGGGGAGAAACCAUUUAAAUGCAUGGAGUGUGGAAAGAGCUUUAUUGAGAGUAGACACCUUAGAAAACAUCAACAAACCCAUACAGAGAAGAAACCAUAUAAGUGCCAGGGAAGUGGACAAAGGCUUAGUUUAAGUGGAAAUGUUAGAGGCAGGGAGGUUUGGAGGCGGAGGGGCCUCCAUUCACAUUCCCGGAAGAGGAGCAGGUCGGCAGAGGAGGAGGAAAAAGAGAAAACAAAUAGGAUUUCCUCCCCUCUUCACCCCCCAAACCAGACAAUGGAGAAGACAGUCAGUGGAAAGAGAGAGGAGAAGCAGUCUGAAAGUAUGGAGUGUGAGAAGAGCUUCAGUGACAGUGGAACACUAAGAAAACAUCAACGGACUCACACAGGGGAGAAACCCUUUAAAUGCAUGGAGUGUGGAAAGAGCUUCAGUGAGAGUGGAAAACUUAGAAUUCAUCAACGGACUCACACAGGGGAGAAACCAUUUAAAUGCAUGGAGUGUGGAAAGAGCUUCAGUAGAAGUGACAGCCUUAAUUUACAUAAUCAAACUCACACAGGGGAAAAACCAUUUGAAUGCAUGGAGUGUGGAAAGAGCUUCAGUCAGAGUGGAAAACUUAGAAUUCAUCAACGGACUCACACAGGGGAGAAACCAUUUAAAUGUAUGGAGUGCGGGAAGAGCUUCAGUCAGAGUGGAAACCUUAGAAUUCAUCAACAGACUCACAUAGUGGAGAAACCAUUUAAAUGUAUGGAGUGUGGAAAGAGCUUCAGUCAGACUGGACACCUUAGAAUUCAUCAACAGACUCACACAGGGGAGAAACCAUUUAAAUGUAUUGAGUGUGGAAAGAGCUUCACUGAGAGUGGAACACUAAGAAUUCAUCAACGGACGCACACAGGGGAGAAACCAUUUUACUGUAUUGAGUGCGGGAAGAGCUUCAGUCAGAGUGGACACCUUAGAAUUCAUCAACGGAUUCACACAGGAGAGAAACCAUUUGAAUGUCUGGAGUGUGGAAAGAGCUUCACUGACAGUGGAUAUCUUAGAAUUCAUCAACGGACUCACACAGGAGAGAAACCAUUUAAAUGUAUUGAGUGUGGAAAGAGCUUCAGUCAGAGUGGACACCUUAGAAUUCAUCAACAGACUCACAUGGGGGAGAAACCAUUUGAAUGUAUGGAGUGCGGAAAGAGAUUCACUCAGAGUGGACACCUUAGAAACCAUCAACGGACUCACACGGGAGAGAAACCAUUUAAAUGUAUUGAGUGUGGAAAGAGCUUCACUGAGAGUGGAACACUAAGAAUUCAUCAACGGACGCACACGGGGGAGAAACCAUUUAAAUGUAUUGAGUGUGGAAAGAGCUUCACUAAGAGUGAAAAACUAAGAAUUCAUAAACGGACACACACGGGGGAGAAACCAUUUGAAUGUCUGGAGUGUGGAAAGAGCUUCACUGACAUUGGAAAUCUUAGAAUUCAUCAACGGACUCACACAGGAGAGAAACCAUUUAAAUGUAUUGAGUGUGGAAAGAGCUUCACUAAGAGUGGAACACUAAGAAUUCAUCAACGGACGCACACAGGGGAGAAACCAUUUAAAUCCAUGCAGUGUGGAAAGAGCUUCAGUCACAGUGAAACACUAAGAAUUCAUCAACGGACGCACAUGGGGGAGAAACCAUUUAAAUGCAUGGAGUGUGGAAAGAGCUUCAGUCAGAGUGGAGCACUAAGAAUUCAUCAACAGACUCACACAGGGGAAAAACCAUUUAAAUGCAUGGAGUGUGGAAAGAGCUUCAGUCGGAGUGGAACACUAAGAAUUCAUCAACAGACUCACACAGGGGAAAAACCAUUUAAAUGCAUGGAGUGUGGAAAGAGCUUCAGUCUGAGUGGAACACUAAGAAUUCAUCAACAGACUCACACAGGGGAAAAACCAUUUAAAUGCAUGGAGUGUGGAAAGAGCUUCAGUCGGAGUGGAACACUAAGAAUUCAUGAACGGACGCACACGGGGGAGAAACCAUUUAAAUGCAUGGAGUGUGGAAAGAGCUUCAGUCGGAGUGAAAAACUAAGAAUUCAUAAACGGACACACACGGGGGAGAAUCCAUUUGAAUGUAUGGAGUGUGGAAAGAGCUUCAGUCGGAGUGGAACACUAAGAAUUCAUCAACGGACUCACACAGGAGAGAAACCAUUUAAAUGUAUUGAGUGUGGAAAGAGCUUCACUAAGAGUGGAACACUAAGAAUUCAUCAACGGACGCACACGGGGGAGAAACCAUUUGAAUGUAUGGAGUGUGGAAAGAGCUUCACUGACAGUGGAAAUCUUAGAAUUCAUCAACGGACGCACACAGGAGAGAAACCAUUUAAAUGUAUUGAGUGUGGAAAGAGCUUCAGUCAGAGUGGGGACCUUAAAAUUCAUCAACGGACUCACACAGGAGAGAAACCAUUUAAAUGCAUAGAGUGUGGAAAGAGCUUCAGUCAGACUGGACACCUUAGAAUUCAUCAACGGACUCACACAGGAGAGAAACCAUUUAAAUGCAUGGAGUGUGGAAAGAGCUUCACUGAAAGUGGAACACUUAGAAUUCAUCAACGGAGUCACACAGGGGAGAAACCAUUUAAAUGUAUGGAGUGUGGAAAGAGCUUCAGUCAGAGUGGACACCUUAGACACCAUCAACGGACUCACACAGGAGAGAAACCAUUUAAAUGUAUGGAGUGUGGAAAGAGCUUCAGUCAGAGUGGAGCACUAAGAAUUCAUCAACAAACUCACACAGGGAAGAAACCAUUUGAAUGUAUGGAGUGUGGAAAGAGCUUCAGUCAGAGUGGACGUCUUACAAAACAUCAACAAAUUCAUACUGGGGAGAAACCAUGUAAGUCCUAGGGUGGAUAGAGGUUCAGUUGUGGUGGAAGUCUUACAAACCACCUAAAGACUCUGAGGCGUAAGAGCUGUAAGAGUGGAAACUCUACAAGCCAUGAAUUAACUCAAAGAAGGGAAAUGGUUUAAAUAGAAGGAUUGUGGAUUCUGCUUUGGUUAUUAUGGAACGCUUUUAAGGUGCAGAACCUCUUUCUCUCCGAAUUGACACUUUCCUUCACAUCAGUAACAGGAAAUCCAUCUUAAAGGCAUGCAGCGUAUGUGAGCUUCUGUUUUUUGUAUGUAACAUUGUCUAGGCAUGUAUUUAAAGUAAUGAAGGUAACAUUUCACAAUAGUAAGCAUAGAUGAUAGAAGGAGUUGGAAAUGUUUGUAUCUGGGAAUGGAGAGUUGCCCAAAGGGGAGCUGUGACUGAGGGUGUUGCUUUGUAAGCAGAGUUAGAUUAAUAUUAUAGGAACAGCAGCAUCACUCCCACUGUUAUAAUUGUAAUAAUGGAACCAUGAAGACACAGAAAGACUAUAAUCAUCUACUUAUAUGCCCAAAGUAAUCUUGAAAACCCUCAUCUAUUCUUUUGAUUUAUAGAUAUAUUGUGUAUAGAUAUAUUUGGUGGCAGGAGAAAUAAAAGGGGUGUUUAGUGGCAUAACCAGGAAAGGCUCUGUUCCUAGCUGCACAUCUUGCAUGAGGAGGGAAGGGGGGGCACAGGGAAGAAGGGGCACAUGGGGGGGCAGCUGAGGAUCUGAAGAGUUGGGUUAUCAGACUGAUAAGGGUCCCUCUGCUCCAGCUCCCUCCCCUGGUCUUCUUUUAUCUCCCAGAAUUUGGCCCUAAAGACAUGAGGGGUCCAUAUAGCCACUCUGAUUGAAAUGCUAUCCAUUUCCUCAACAGUUCACCUUUUCAUUUUGAAAUAAUAAAUAUAUCCAGAACUUCUAGGCAGAGAAAACAGGACUGGAAACAAAUCAACAAACUGAAAUAUUUAUUCAUUGCUUUUGAAAUAUGGGCUACACAGAAGCCAUUGGGAAAGUUUUGCGGAUGAAUAAAGGAUCUUUUCCUCCACGCAGACAGAUACAACCCUGCUUUAUGUGCUUUAUGUGGAUGAGAAAGGUGUUUGGGGUCUCUUCACAACUAAACUUCCCCAACAAGUUUAAUGAAUUGUCUUUGGGGUUAAGGAAACACCUGAGGGGUCUCUUCCUGCAGUGCAAUGCACGGAACUGAGUAAGGCUCUCUCCAAAAACUGGAGAGGGAGGUGAAUGGUUUUUGGUAAGUGGGGUGGAGAUAGGAAUUAGUAUGCCUGACACUUUGCUGGCAGGGGGUCUCCUUGAGCCAUGCAGAUGCAAGGCGAGGCAAAGCAGGACGCCCCCCCCC